AUGCUCAACUUUCAACUACAACCUCGCGAGGCUCUGGUCGCCCAUACUAGACAGGAUCCGGCGUCCGGUAUGGUUCCAAAAAUAAUAUCGACUUCUCGUAUCUCUCGUCCGGGAUGGACUUUGAUCAGAUACUUGAUAGUCGCAAGAAUUAAUGGGGAGUUAAUCCUUUGUAUGAUUAUGUUCAAGUAUGAUGGUGGUUAG